AACACUGUAGAUAUGGAUGUGUUUCAGAAACUGAACAGUGCAAGUCAGAAACUUGGACAAGCUGUAAAAAUAAAUUAUUGUACCCCAGCAGAUUCCACCUCUAAUAGUGAAGAAUCAUUUAAGUAUAUGUUCAGACUGAAGCAGCAACUGGCAAAGCAGUGCGAGGAUAUGGAAAUAAGGCUUAAAACUGAAGAAGAUUACAACUUUUCAAAUCCCGUCUCAGAAGCAGAACAGGAUAUAACAGAAGCUGUGAUUGAAUUGUACACUGCUAAGAUCCAGCACCAGAAAACCUCAUUAACCUUGCAAAGAGCACAGGUUGCCUGUACCAUAUCAGAGAAAGUUGUUAAAGAAGAUAAACAAACAGAAACAAUAAAGGAAACAGUAAAUCAUACUCUGCUCUUAUGUUCACAGAUACUAAAAUUGCAGGAGGAGUGCAACAAACUAAGAAGCCAAGUCCGAGAAGUUCGAAAAGAAAGACUAAUCUUAAAGAAAGACUCACUGAUGAAUGUAGAGGAAAUUAGAAAAGUAAGCAAAAUGAAGGAGGAAAAGGUGCAGUCAAUGGAAAGUGAGGUAUUGAAACGAGGCCAGGAAUACUUGGAAAAAUAUCUUCACAUGGCUGCUCUGACAGGAAAUGUAUUUCAGGGUCUUAUUCUGGGAAGUAAUGUGAACUGGGCCACAGAUCCCCAUUUACGAGAAAUCAUCUUACAGCUGGAAAAGAAUUUCUGAUUUUAGAUUCUAUUAAGCAGACAUGCUACUUUAAUGAUCAUUACUUACUUUUAUUCUAUGUUAGUGUUCCCUUAUUUUAAAUCUUAUUUAUUUGGUCUUUUUUCUCUUACAUUAUUUGUAUGACAGUGUUCUAUAUAAAUAAAUGUUGUUGUUGUUAUUACAGUGACUGAUAAUCUGGACUAUCGCAUCAUAUUGCAAUUUAAUGGAUGCAGGAACAGCGGACGAAACACCGGGGGUGACCAAUUUGGUUUAAUUUUGAAGCCAGUUAUGCCUGCAUUAAACAGC